GCGCGGCAGCCGGGGCGUGGGUCAGGGGGACCCACGGUCUGAGCUGUGCCUUGGCGGGGGUGUCUGCGAGCACCCUGUCUUUUCUCUACCCGUCAGCUCACUUGUCUGCAGAAUUGGGCGACUGGCCCAGUCCAAAGGGCCCCGAAGCGUGGGGAGGAUGGGGUAGUCACGGCGCCGCGGAUUGGGAGUGGGUCUCCCACUGGUGCCAAGCGCUCUGCCUGGAGCAGCAUCUGUGGUCUCACUUAAUCCUUUACGUGGCGUAGCCAGGGUGCGGUCCUCACCUUAAAGGUGAGAGAACGCGAGCUCCGAGGCUUCAGCGGCACGCCCAAGGUCACAGAGAAUUGGCAGAUUCAGGGUGAGGUCUAAAAUGUCCUCCAAUUUUGGCCUUGCCGAUAAGGCCCCUGGCUUCCCCAGAUUCUUCCCUGUCCCAGGCCUUUGAUGGUGGAGUUGACUAGGGGCAUGCCUAGAGCUGAGAGGUGGCGAGUCCCCUCUGCUGGGUGUGUGAAAACGCUGGAAUGCAGCUGGUUGGGCAGAGGCUUUAGGGGAACCCCAGCUCUGCAGGUUGAUUGGUGUGUGUAAAUUGGUUCUAGGAAGACUUCUGGGGUCAGGGUCUGGGAAAAAUGUUCCUUGGUAAUGGAAUUUGGGUCCCCAAGAUGUCAGACUUGCUUAGGCAAGGCGUUUGUUUGAUGGCAAAUUGUGGGUUUUGGGGGGAAAAAAAAACAGGUUGCUUUUGAAAUUUCAACUCCACUUACUAGUUAAGUAUUAAACUUUGCUUUGUUUUCUUAUUAGUUAAUAAGAGUCACAUGGGUUUGGUUUGAUUACCAGCUCUUGUUAAGAAGAUACUUGGUAGCGAGUUGAGAAUUAAAAGUGAAACGUUAGCUUUUUUUGUUGAAUAAAUAGUGGGUAAGCAGUCUGGGAAUUUUAUGCUAAGGCAUAUUUUUCACAUUUUAACCUCCAGUGAAGACUUGAAUAGAAGGCAGGGACUCAUCAUUCCUGCGAGGAUUAACUCCUCUCGGUCUAUCUAAUACCCAUUUGUACAAUGAGAAACACUGCUUAUUGAAUGCUCUUACCACAUGCGAGUUACUGUUCCAGGCAACAGAGUUCUAGGAAAGCAAAACCUGAGCUUUCUUGGGACUUUUCCGAGAGGGAAAUGCAAUCAGAAUACACGUGAAAAAUGUAUGCUCCCUCCUACUGAGAAAGGCAACUAGGGGAAGAAAGGAUGGGGACUUUAGUUAGGCAGAUUAUAUUAAGGUGGUCACACAUGGUCUCACCAAGUGGGUAUUUUUGUAAAGACCUAAAAUGUUCGUAAAGUUAUUUGAAGUCUUAUGAAAUCGGGAUCUUGUAAGAACUGUGGAUAGUCGUGAGAUGGUCCAGAGAUUUGAUGGGUGAUGUUGACACCAUCUUUGCUGAGAACUGCUUUGCUGGAUUGGCAGUACAAAGUUAUGCAAACGGCUGCUUUGCCAUUUAGGUUGGAGAACAUCAAUUGACAGGCCAUAAAGUGGCAGUUAAGAUCUUAAAUAGACAGAAGAUUCGCAGUUUAGAUGUUGUUGGAAAAAUAAAACGAGAAAUUCAAAAUCUUAAACUCUUUCGUCAUCCUCAUAUUAUCAAACUCUACCAAGUGAUCAGCACUCCAACAGACUUUUUUAUGGUAAUGGAAUAUGUGUCUGGAGGUGAAUUGUUCGACUACAUCUGUAAACACGGGAGGGUUGAAGAGGUGGAAGCUCGCCGGCUCUUCCAGCAGAUUCUGUCUGCCGUGGACUACUGUCACAGGCACAUGGUUGUCCACAGGGACCUGAAGCCAGAGAACGUGUUGCUGGACGCCCAGAUGAAUGCUAAGAUAGCUGACUUCGGACUCUCUAAUAUGAUGUCAGAUGGUGAAUUUCUACGAACUAGCUGUGGAUCGCCAAAUUAUGCAGCACCGGAGGUCAUCUCAGGAAGGCUGUAUGCGGGUCCUGAGGUUGAUAUCUGGAGCUGUGGUGUUAUCCUGUAUGCCCUUCUCUGUGGCACCCUCCCGUUCGACGAUGAGCACGUGCCUACGCUCUUUAAGAAGAUCCGAGGGGGUGUGUUCUACAUCCCGGAGUAUCUCAACCGUUCUAUUGCCACUCUGCUGAUGCACAUGCUGCAGGUGGACCCCUUGAAGCGAGCAACUAUCAAAGACAUACGAGAGCAUGAAUGGUUUAAACAGGAUUUGCCCAGUUACCUCUUUCCUGAAGACCCCUCCUAUGAUGCUAACGUCAUUGAUGAUGAGGCUGUGAAAGAAGUAUGUGAAAAAUUUGAGUGUACAGAAUCAGAAGUGAUGAACAGUUUAUACAGUGGUGACCCUCAAGACCAGCUCGCAGUGGCUUAUCAUCUCAUCAUUGACAAUCGGAGAAUAAUGAACCAAGCCAGUGAGUUCUACCUCGCCUCCAGUCCUCCAACGGGUUCCUUCAUGGACGAUAGUGCCAUGCAUAUUCCCCCCGGCCUGAAACCACAUCCUGAAAGGAUGCCACCUCUCAUAGCAGACAGCCCCAAAGCACGCUGUCCACUGGAUGCACUCAACACAACUAAGCCCAAAUCUUUAGCUGUGAAAAAAGCCAAGUGGCACCUUGGGAUCCGAAGCCAGAGCAAACCAUACGACAUUAUGGCGGAGGUGUACCGAGCUAUGAAGCAGCUGGACUUUGAAUGGAAGGUAGUGAAUGCAUACCAUCUUCGAGUAAGAAGAAAAAACCCAGUGACUGGCAAUUACGUGAAAAUGAGCUUACAGCUUUACCUGGUUGACAAUCGGAGCUAUCUUCUAGACUUUAAAAGCAUCGAUGAUGAGGUGGUGGAGCAGAGGUCUGGUUCUUCAACACCUCAGCGCUCCUGUUCUGCUGCCGGCCUCCACAGACCUCGGUCAAGUGUCGAUUCCAGCACAGCCGAGAACCAUUCACUGUCUGGCUCUCUCACUGGUUCUUUGACUGGCAGCACUUUGUCCUCCGCUUCCCCGCGCCUGGGCAGUCAUACCAUGGAUUUUUUUGAAAUGUGCGCCAGUCUUAUCACUGCUUUAGCCCGUUGAUAACCCACCACCGGUCUCUGUCUUUCUGUUACCGCACUGUGAAAUCACAUACACUCUUCAAAUUAUUACCGCACUCUCGGGUACCACAGGCUCUGCAAUAGAAGUUAUGUGAACAUUCCCAGGUGACAUGCAGUGCUGCUGGAAACACAGAAAUCUGGCCUUCUGUUUACUUUUAGAACUCUGUAACUCUGCUGUGCCUAUGAUAGGUAUCAAUAGCUAGGAACGGCUGAGUGCUGGUGAAGCUUGUUAACUUACACCCGUGAAUUCACUACACAUGGUGAGCACACCUCACUGAUGAACCCGCUGAUCUCGGGGUGGUUCGGUGGGACCGCCUUCCUUCACGUUUAGUUCAUGUAAAUCCUGUUUGCCUCCUAAAUUUCCAUAGGUGUCAGGCUGUCUAGGCACUCUUGGACAAGAAGAUUCAGAAAUAGAGUAACUGUCAGUGAAAUAUUAUUUAAAUGUAGAAAUCCGAAAAUCCUGUCCCCUUAAAUAUCAGAAACCAAAAGUCUUUUUUAAUACUUUCUGCAAAUACUGCCUAGUAUUAGCCAUACAGACUGUGUUUCUGAUAAUAGGAGCCCAGUCUCCUAGCUUCCUGACAUUUGUGCAAGGCCCCUAGUUAAAUCCCACUACCACAAAGCAAUAUAAAACCAUGCAAAGUUAGUGCAUAGUUAAAGGAAACAGGCAGAUACCAACAGUCUCUUAAAAGGAAAUCUAUUCUUUGAUCUCAUUUGUGUUUAUGAGACUGGGUAGCUGGGGGCUUGGGGGCGGGCUGGGAGUCACAGCCCUUGGGCAUCUUUGCUAAUCCACUUGAACUUUGUUAUUGAUGCCGAGUCCUCUCUCUUCCUCAGUAGCCACUGUCUUUGCUCAUUGCUUUUCCCUUUUUUAACUCCUUUAGAUCAAAACCUUGCUUUGGCCAUAGGGUCUUUAAAUACUUUCAAAGCUUGAUCUGCUGUGACCUUCACUGUUGAACCUGAUUGGACAGGGAAGCCUUAAAUAUUUAAAAGUAUAUUCUCCUGGAAUAACUACAUGUGUUGUUUACAUAUAUAUACAUAUGUAUUGACACAUCAGUGCUUUUAAUCAAAAAAAAAAAAAACCAAACUUUUUUGUACAAGUUUUUUUUAAUUUAAGAUUAAAAAACACUAUAUAGCAAGAUAGAUAGUUAAUUGAUUAUAUGUUGUUUUGGUAAAAGUAUUUUAAAUUAUGUGUAAUUUAUCUAAUAAUUAUUUAUUCAUUUAUUGUAUUUAUGUUGUAAUUAACAAAAUCAUUGAUCUGAUUCACCCUAGAAAAUAUUAAGCUCUUGAAAAAAAGGUAACAUUGCCUUGAAAGGUUUCUCCUCACCAAAAAUAGUAUAUUUUCUAUUUACCAAGAAGCAAAUGAGACUGUUAGACCAAAUUUUUCAUUACAAAAGGCAAGUUUAUCUAUCUUUAAAUAGCUUUUUGAAUCAGGAAUUUGCAUCAUACCACAUCAGAUAACUUCAUAGUUCUUUUAAAAAUGACGGUCAGUCUUUAUCACUCUGACAUCUCAGUAGUAAAAAAAAAAAAAAGGAACCUUUGCUCACUAAUUGAGAAAGGAGGGUGGACAGUUUGAGGUACCUUAAGGUUUUAAUCUUUGAAAGAUUGCCAUCUUGUGGUAAUAGAUGGUAAUUUUAGUAGUUAUUUUAAUAACAAUACUUAGUCCUGGUUUGUCUAAUGUGUUUUAUGAAGAUGGCAUAAUUUUGGCUUCUCCAAAUGUGUAUGUAUCAUUUUUUUGUGGGGUAGGGGAGACCACCUCAUAAUGUUUGCUUAAUUGUGAUGUGGAAGACCUUGAAAUAAGGAACUGAUUGGAUUCCUUACCUCUAAUAACAGUAUCCACAACAUUUAUGAAGGCAGGAAGGAUGCAGAAUGCUUUCUUAGUCUAGCGAAUUUAAACCAAAUUACUUUAUGUGAGUGAUUAUGAUGCCAUUCGAGAGCUAAAAGUUAUUUACUAUUGUCUUACUCAUUCUAGUUUUUAUGGAUAACCAGGUUGACAGUUAACCUGUUGAAUUUUAGGAAAACCGAAGGUCAUUUUGUUUCUUUUAACAUUUUAAGACAUGAUUAUUGAAUGAAUCUAGGUGAUAGAGUAAGUUGGUUUGCAGAGAGAAUUCAGUGACUCGUCUGGAAAAGAAGAGGCUGGGAUAUAGUCACAGCACAGGGUUUUCUUGCUCUGAGCAACAGAAAAGGAAAGAAUUCUUUGCAAUUUACAGUCUCCACAUUUCGGUUAAGUAUGACAGGUACUGAGUUUAGAGCAAUCUAUCCUCUUGGAUCCUAGGAGAAUUACUGUUAGGUUAUAGAUGUGGGCUUAUUUAUGUGGGCUGGAAAUGGAGUCCAUCUUUUUCCCAAAAUAGUAUUUCCUUAAACAAAGAAAUCCUGCAGAAUAGUUUUGGAAUACAUUGUGUUCUGCUCUGCACCUUGCAGAGGACAGUGACUAUUAACACAAAAGACUUGCAGACUUUCAGAAAAAAACAAACCAUAUAACCAUGCGAAACUCUACUUGGCCCAAGCUAGUUUACUCUUUUAAAACUUCUGCUGAGUAUGGUUGCUUACCUGUAGUGCUACUGGGGAGUGUGAGGCAGGAAGAUAGUUGGGGGCCUAAUGACUAGAUAGAUAGCAAGAUCUUGCUUCAAAGUAAACAGUAAAGAAACCUUAGCAUCCCGUAAGAAAACAUGAGUGCCACACACAGUGUGUUCAUUAGUGACACUGAGUAGCACCUCUUUCCCAGAGCCGGAUGCUAAUUCAGAACCACUCCAUUGACCGUGAACACAUGUUCAUCCUGAGUCACACUAAUGGUUUUUACAUAGAACAUCUAUUCCUUCUUUUUCCCUUAGUGGAUGACUGAAAAGUCUUAGACAGUUACUUAUGGAAAACCAGAAGAGUAAGAGACCAAUGGCUUUCUGGUGUGGCUUCAUGAUGAGUGAAUCAGUUUUAUUCAUUCUUCAGUGGUCACUGAACAUUUUCUAAGUCCUUUUAUUUAGGAAACCAAAACUAAAGCUGUCUCAAAUUAAAUCUACCAGGAGAGAAAAAAAACCUAAACCAUUCACAGGUUAGGGUUUUGUUUUAAUCAAGAAACCUUGUAAGAGACCCUUGCAACAUCUGGUGGGAGCCUAAGCUAAGCAGAAACACUAAGUCCUUGUGUGCCAGGGAAUUGGGUAUGUGAAGCACAUAAUUCUCUCCUUUAUACAGUAAGCUUUCCAGGACACUUCCUUAACUCUGGGUAUACUCUUUCCUUAGCUAGUUUGUACUCAGGGAACACAGAUUUGUGAGAUGAAACACAAUUUGGAAAAUAAUCAUAAACAACCAAAUCAGAUUUUUAUACUGCUUUAUCUGUAGUCUCUACUGACAUGUGAGCAUGCUUAGUUAAUGUGGGUCUUACACUGAUAUUCACAAAACUUAACAGCCUGGAACAUACCUACCACAGACACUACAGCUCUGUCUGGUCACUGGUGACUAAGUUAAACUCCCAGUGUGAAGUCUCAUACCUAAAUGUGAGAUCUGCCCUUAGCCUUGUCUGCUUUGUGUUUGGUUUUAAAGACCUAAAACUUUUCAGUCUGGCGACUUGUCCUUCAGUUCCUCUGUGGCUUGUUUAAGUAGGGAUUAUGACUUAGUAUUCUUGGCAACUCUGUUGAAAACUUUGAUGAAGGCUAUGAGUGUAGUAAGUUUGAUCUUGGACUUGGCCUCAAUUUAAAACCCUAAAAUGAAAGGGAUUGAUAAAGAGCUCUCGUCCCUUUGAGCUCUAAAGCCCUGCCUUGUUUAGUUCUUCAGAACAUCAGGGUUAGUGUUCACAUUUUAUGUAUUUGUGUCAUACUAGUAUGAGUGUUCUGUCUUAGUUUGAGGCAUUUCAAAGGGACACUAACCAUAACUACUUGGACUGCUGGAAUGCAAAAAUCAAAACAUGGCAUGGGAUUUAGCAUUAAUUAGAAAAUGACUGAUAUGUAGCAGAGGUGGUGUGAUGCAUUUCCAGGUCUGCUAAUGCACCCUUGCAGUAAGCAGUCCAGUACGCAGGCUCAAUAGUCUCUCCAUAAGUCACAGUGCCAUACAUGUAUUCAUGUAUGUAUGCAUACAUGCACUCAUGCAGUGGUGACCAAUUGUUCAUUGCCGUUGUAUUCUUCUGGGCUGAGCGGUAAGCGUCUGUGAAACAUCGGAUAGACAAAUAAUAAAAACAAACACUGGUGUAUUGUUUGUAAGUCCUGGAAUGACAUAUAGUAGUUAUAACUGAACAUAGUUAAUCUAAUUAUAAAAGCUCAUUGAUUGCACUAACUAGAUGUAAUUUUGUGAAGUAUUUAUGAUUAUAUUGAUUUUUAUUGUAAGUAUUUAUAAGUUAUUGAGGGUGCUUAAAAUCCAGAAAAAUCUCUAGGACAUAUUUUUUUCUGCAACUUUAUUUAUAUGAUUUUGGUGUGGGGAGUUUUGUACUGGGGAUUGAGCCCAGGGCUUCACAUGUAUGAAGCAAGUGCUUAACUGCUGACCUAAACCCCAUGACCUUAGUUACGUGAUUUUUAAAGUACAGUCUCUUUUUGUAAAGGAAAAUUAGCCCCAGUCCUACCUAAAUGAUCACAGUUUGUGACUGUUAGCUGAAUUAGGCUUAUCUAAAUUUCAUUUUGAUAAUUUUUUAUUUUGUGCAUAAAUGGGACGACAUUGUUUUUAUGGAGUGUGUCUCUAUGAACUACCUAAUCACUAUUGGCUUGAUAGAAGUGCUCCAAGCCUUUUUAAACUUGGAAAUGUAACUUAAGUUAAUGAGCUUUAAACCAUGCAUAUAUGUAUGUGUAUAUACAUAUGUAUCAUGUAAACAAGUUAGCAGCAUCUUUACCAGCCUUUCUUGGAAUAUUUAUGAUGCCACUAAACAGUAAUAGCAUGAGAGACAGGCCCACAGUCUAGACUGGGUUGAGUUUUGAUUAAACUUCUUCAGCCAUAACCUGAACAGAAUCAGGUCCCAUCCGGAAGUUAUCAGACUGCAGGCCUGUAUUUUGUGAGCCAACAGUAAUAUUUACUGCCAGCCUUGCAUAACAAUGCCCUUUGUGACUGCAUGUGACUUUUGGUAGCUGUAGUUUAUGUCUAAAAGCAGUUCGAGUUUUAUAGAGGUAAUUCAUGAUUAUUUGGACAAGCAGGGUGGGUAAAUUCAAGUAUAUUUAAAGUGCAAUUAAGGAAAUUCUAGGGCAUAAUGUCUCCAGUUUAAAAAAAAGUCAAGGAUUUGUAGAAUGUCAUAGAAUGAAAAAAAUAUUGAGGAGACUUUUUAAAAGAUAAGGUUUAUACAGUGAUUUUUUUUUUUAAUUCAAGGUUUGCUACUUUGUGUUAAUUUAAAUUUUCAAAGAGACACCGAAGCCUCCUGGGAAAGAAUUGCAUUGUUAUUUUUCUCCUGCUAGUCUGAAUGUGCAUUUUCACAGCUAAAAGUCUCUUGUAAAUAAGGUUUGUUACCAAAUUUGAAGCCCAUUUUUUUUCUAAGUGGAGAACAUUUUUCCAGAAUUAAAGAGACACAGACCCACAGUCUACACAAAGAAAGAAAGAGUACCUGGUGCCUUCUCAAAUACUUGCAGAGUAGCCGUAAACGUGUGUUCAAAGUCUGCUGCCCCCAGCUCCCCCGUUUUCCUGAGACCUGUCCCACAGGCGGUCACGUGGUUUGCUUCUGCCUUUUGGUUCCACUUGACCAGACCUUACAGCGUCACCAUUGGAAUGUCUUCACUGAAUGCAUUUUCUGUUCAUUUGUUUCACUUUGUAAAGCCACCCGGGAAACUAUUUGGCUGCCUUCUUAUGCUUUUAAAAUGAAUGCAAUUACUAGCAGUCUUUAUAUUUUAAAGUUUAUAAAGAAAAGAAAUGCAAAGCUAAGGACCGGAUCUAAUUGGAUCUAAUUCCCUGUUUGCUAUUAUGGCAGCACAAGGUAUGUAACCUUGUGUAGUUUUCUCUUGUACAAAAUGUGGAUAAUAACCUACCUCACAGAUGUGUGUGAGAAACCGUUUGAAGGCCCCUAAGUAGGGGUUUCUAGUCCCAUCUUCAAUGUCAAUCUUUCCUUUUUUACUAGACACCUUUGAUAAUGAUAGAAUGAGUAUCUUGUUUUUAGAUGUCAUAUGUAAUAAGGGCAUAGUGCUGAGAAUGUUUAAGACACAGUUUCACAAAUCAUAAUAUUCUUACUGUAAGACACUUCAGAAUUUCUUGAAAACCUCAAAUGUUUAAAUAUCAGACCUGUCUUUUGAUUCAAUAAAUAUUGUUAUUCAAAA